CCUAGGCCCCACCUCUUCAACAGACCACGAAUUCAAUUCCUCCCCAAUUCUGUUUUAAACCAGCGCCAAAAAAGCCCACACAACCCCAUACACAUUUCUCUCGCUCCUCUUCAAAAUUUGCCUGCACGUUUCCCUCCCUCUCUCUCUCUCUCUCUCUCUCUCCCCUUCCCUGAGUUCUCUCUCUACAGACAUACACAUACUUGCAUGGAGAUAUACUUUAACAAACGAAAUUGAGACCUUCAGUUGGUUUUCUCAGUUGUUGAAAAUGACUACUUCUACAAUGCUACUACUACCCCUUCUGCUCUUCCUCUCACUCCAACCCCUCACUCUCUCUCUAAACCAGGAAGGCCUCUACCUCCAGCGAGUCAAGCUCACUCUCUCCGACCCAAACGCCUACCUCUCCGGCUGGAACGAGCGCGACCAAACCCCGUGCAACUGGACCGGAAUCGCCUGCGAUCCGACUACCCGCUCCGUCACCUCCGUCGACCUCUCCAACCUCGACCUAUCCGGCCCCUUCCCACCCUCCCUCUGCCGCCUCCCCUCUCUCUCCUCCCUUUCUUUCUACAACAACAACAUCAACUCCUCCCUCCCCCUCUCCAUAUCCGCGUGUCGAAACCUCGUUACUCUCAAUUUAGCCCAGAACUUCCUCACCGGCCCCAUUCCGUACACGUUGGUCGAAAUGCCCGAUUUGAAAACCCUCAUCCUCGGCGCCAACGGCUUUACCGGCGAGAUUCCGACGAGCUUCGGCCGGUUCCGGCGACUGGAGACUCUGGAUUUGGUCAGCAACCUUCUCACCGGCACAUUCCCCGCUUUCCUCGGUAACCUAACGAGUCUGAAAACGCUGUCGCUCGCUUACAACCUUCUGUUCACGCCGAGUCGACUCGCUCCCGAACUCGGGAACUUAACUGGCUUAGAGACCCUGUGGUUGAGUCGCUGCAACCUGGUUGGCUCGAUUCCCGACAGUUUCGGGCGACUGAGUCGACUCGUCGACCUCGACGUGUCGGACAACACGCUCACCGGGUCGAUAGCGAGCGUGAUUUUUCGGCUCAAGACUGUUGUCCAGAUCGAGCUGUACAACAACUCGUUUUCCGGCGAGUUGCCGGCGGCUGGAUGGUCGAACUUGACGUCGCUCCGGCGAUUCGACGCGUGUUACAACGGGUUAACCGGGCCCGUUCCGGACGAGUUGUGCCGUUUGCCACUCGAGUCAUUGAACCUGUGUGAUAACCAACUAGAGGGUUUGUUGCCGGACAGCAUAGCGUUGUCCCCCAACUUGUACGAGCUCAAAGUGUUCAACAAUAAGCUUCAUGGGUUUUUGCCGAGUCAACUCGGGAAGAACUCUCCAUUAGAAACCAUAGACGUGUCUGAAAACCAGUUUUCUGGUCCCAUUCCAUCGACUCUCUGCGAGAAGGGGGCAUUAUCACAGCUUCUAUUGAUAUACAACUUGUUUUCUGGGUCCAUUCCAGUCAAUCUUGGAAAUUGUACAAGUUUGAGCCGGGUUCGGUUAGGGGGUAACCGGUUAACCGGUUCAGUGCCGGCUGAGUUUUGGGGGUUACCUGCCAUGUAUUUGCUUGAUAUUGGUGAUAAUUCAUUUUCAGGUAACAUAUCUUAUACGAUAUCUGGUGCAUCAAAUCUCUCAGUGCUUUUCAUUUCCAAGAAUCGAUUUUCGGGGUCUAUACCGAAAGAAAUUGGAUCUUUAAGAAAUUUAGGACAAUUUUCCAGUAGUGAUAAUGAUCUUUCUGGGGAAAUUCCGUCGACGAUUGUGAACUUGGGUCAGUUAGGGAGGCUUGAUCUCAGUAACAAUGGGUUGUCUGGGGAGUUUCCAAUGGGAAUCGACUCAUUGAAGCAGCUCAAUCAGCUUAAUUUGGCCAGUAAUAGUUUAUCUGGUGAAAUCCCAAGUGGUAUUGGGAGUUUGCCAGUUCUUAAUUACCUUGAUCUUUCUGAUAAUCAGUUUUCCGGGCAAAUCCCACUUGAGUUGGAGAAUUUGAAGCUCACUGUGCUAAAUUUGUCCUACAAUCGUCUCACUGGCGAAAUUCCUGGCCUUUAUGCUAAGGAUUUGUAUAGGGAUAGCUUUUUGGGCAAUCCGGGCUUAUGUGGUUAUCUGCCUGAUCUUUGUACUCGAAAAACCAGGGUUAGGAAUCGUGGUUAUGAGUGGAUACUUAGGUCUCUCUUUGUACUAGCUGGCAUAAUUUUUGUUGUUGGGGUUGCUUGGUUUGUAUGGAAGUUCUGGAAUUACACAAAAAUGAACAAAGGAAUUUCUAUGGUGAAGUGGAAAUCAUUCCAUAAACUGGGCUUCAACGAAUAUGAAAUCCUCGAUUACAUCGAUGAAGAUAAUGUUAUCGGAAGUGGAGGUUCGGGGAAGGUCUUCAAGGUUGUGCUUAGCAAUGGUGAGGCAGUAGCAGUGAAGAAGCUGUUUAAAAGUUCAAGAAAAGAUGACGAAAGGUUUAGCUGUUCUGAAUUACAAAAAGAUGCCUUUGAGGUUGAGGUUGAGACAUUGGGGAAAAUUAGGCACAAGAAUAUUGUUAGGUUGUGGUGUUGUUGCAACACUGGGGAAAGCAAGCUUUUGGUAUACGAAUACAUGCCAAAUGGGAGCUUGGGGGAUUUGCUACAUAGUAGCAAAAGAGACUUGUUAGAUUGGCCUACAAGAUUGAGGAUAGCGAUGGAUGCUGCUGAGGGUCUUUCUUAUUUGCAUCAUGACUGCGUUCCUCCCAUUUUCCAUAGGGAUGUCAAGUCGAACAAUAUUUUGUUGGAUGAAGAUUUUGGUGCUAGAAUUUCUGAUUUCGGAGUUGCUAAAAUUGUCGAAACAGUGAACAAGGAUGCAAAAUUGAUGUCUUCCAUUGCUGGCUCUUGUGGUUACAUUGCACCAGAAUAUGCAUACACUCUUCAAGUGGAUGAAAAGAGCGACAUCUACAGCUUCGGUGUGGUCAUUCUAGAGCUAGUGACUGGUAGACGACCCGUUGAUCCAGAGUUUGGAGAGAAAGACCUAGUGACAUGGGUCUGCGGUAGCUUGAACCAGAAAGGCAUCGACCAUGUGCUUGAUUCAACUCUGGCUUCUACUUGCAAAGAACAAAUUGGCAAGGUUCUGGAUAUCGGCCUCCUUUGUGUUAGCUCACUUCCCAUUAACCGGCCUUCAAUGAGAAGGGUGGUGAAAAUGCUGCAAGAAGUAGGGGCAGGUACCAAGCCCAGGAUAAGUGUGAAGGAUGGGAAGCUUUCUCCUCAUUGCUAUGAAAACUCCUCAGAUCAUGGAAGUGUGGUAUGAAGUACUUUAGUAUGAGGUCCUGGGAACAAGAGAGACAGGAAUUUUUCCCUAUUGAUAUGUCCAUUUGGAGAAGUAUAGUAUGUAUUCAGACUAAAGUGAGGUUAGCUUCUAGUGAAUCCUCAACUGGUUGUGAACAAGACAACAUUUUGUAUCCAUGAUUGUUGUUGUAGAAGAUCUUAAGGAACAGUAUUAAUGAAGUCCCAAGGGUGGUCAUCCAUAUUCCUAGUUAGAUUAUCUUUUGGUUUCACUGUUAUUCUAUAUAAUUUCUGCAGUCGAAGCAAUUGGCAACACUACA